AUGGCUCUAUCAACAAUUGCUGAGGGCUGGGAGUGGCCCGAUGACAGUAUGGCCAUUGACCAUCCUGCCCUGGAACUCCCUGUUCCAGCUGAGGAGCCGCCGGUUCCUUAUGUUCCCUGGGAGGAGCUACGAAGGCAGGAGGAUCGCAAGUUGGAGAGGAUGGAGGAAUCGGGCAACGAGGCUUCUUAUAGCCAUCUUUAUGCCCACCUCGAAAAUUCAGAGUUGGAUUGGUCCCUUGAGGGCCGUUUGGCACUUGAUGAAUGGUAUGGGUCGGUGGCUGUUUUCUCCCCGGGCCCUCGAUUCCCGAGGGUCCCUCCACUGGACAACGAUGCUGGUGCUGGGGCGUCCGUAAUGGAUGAGGACUCUGACAAAGGCCACUAUGUCCCAUCUGAAAAGGCGAUCAAGCACUCCCUCAAGCUCUCCAUCCUUGACCUCGCUAUUUCACUUUUUACAUUUGCACUUUUUGUUAACUCGGCUAUUCUCAUUGUAGCCGGUGCAUCACUUUAUGGUGAUGCAUCCGCCCUCGGAGCGGACAUCUUCGGCAUUCAUGGUCUUCUCAGCCAGUCUAUUUCUCCAGCUGCAGGAACCAUAUUUGCCCUAGCGUUACUUCUCUCUGGUGUUUCGGCUGGAAUUGUUUGCACUAUUGCCGGUCAAAUGGUAAGCGAGGGCUCUUUGAACUGGAAGGUCAAACCAUGGCUGCGUCGUCUGAUGGUACGCAGCAUCAGCAUCACCCCAAGUAUCAUCAUCGCGGGAGCUGUAGGCCGCUCUGGACUCAACGCAGCACUUAACGGAUCACAGGUGGUUCUGAGCGUCAUAUUGCCGUUCGUGACUGCGCCGCUCAUCUAUUUUACUGCUCGUGACAAAUACAUGACAGUCAGAGACGGUGGAUCUCAUGGAAAUAUUGUAGACGGAAACGGCAUGACGAACGACGUGGAUGGAGAAGAAGCAGGAAUUCAACCCGAAGGUAUGAAAAUGGCCAACUCAUGGUUUACAACAAUUAUUGCUAUUUUGGUGUGGCUCUUCAUAGCAGUCAUGAAUCUUGCCAACCUGGUCUUCCUUGGAAAAUAG